GAAAUAACGGAGCACCAAACGCUCCGCACUAUUUGCGCAAUCCCUUCUUCUCUGUGAGAGGAGGAGUUAAGCAGCUCUCUACUCGGACCUCUGACGGGCGUCUCUCUCUCCUGCACACCAACUUGGAGGUGCAAGUCUGUCCUUCUCCUCCACCUACUUCAUCUCGACAUAGGUCUUGGCUGUGACCCAUCACUACAGUCAUGGCACCCAAAAAGAACAAGGCUGCGAAGAAAAACAAAGCUGACAUAAAUGAGAUUACAAUUAUGGUAGAGGACAGUCCCACCAACAAAAUCAAUGGGCUCAACACUCUCCUGGAAGGUGGAAACGGCUUUAGUUGUAUCUCAACAGAGGUCACUGACCCCCUCUAUGCACCCAACCUCUUGGAGGGUCUUGGCCAAAUGAGGCAAGACAGCUUCCUCUGUGAUAUGACUGUAGCAACCAAGUCCAAAUCAUUUGACGUUCAUAAGGUCGUGAUGGCGUCCUGCAGUGAGUACAUCCAAAACAUGCUCAGGAAGGAUCCAGCCCUCAAGAAGAUUGAGCUCAGUGAUUUGUCCCCAGUCGGUCUGGCUACAGUCAUCACAUACGCCUAUUCUGGAAAACUGACCUUGUCUUUGUACACCAUUGGUAGCACGAUAUCAGCAGCCAUGCUGUUGCAGAUCCAUUCUCUGGUGAAGAUGUGCAGCGAUUUCUUGAUACGGGAGAUCAGCGUGGAGAACUGCAUGUAUGUUGUCAACAUCGCCGACACGUACAAUCUGAAAGAGACGAAAGAGGCCGCUCAGAAGUUCAUGCGGGAGAACUUCAUUGAGUUCUCAGAAAUGGAACAGUUCCUAAAGCUCACCUACGAGCAGAUCAGCGAAUUUCUCACGGACGACUCGCUCCAGUUGCCCUCUGAGCUCACAGCUUUCCAGAUCGCAAUGAAGUGGUUAGACUUCGAUGAGAAGAGGUUGAAGUAUGCUGCUGAUCUGCUGUCCAGCAUCCGCUUUGGAACCAUCUCACCCCAGGAUCUUGUUAGUCACGUGCAGAUCGUUCCCAGGAUGAUGCAAGAUUCUGAGUGCCACCGUCUGUUGGUCGAUGCCAUGAAUUACCACCUGCUGCCAUUCCAGCAGAACAUCCUGCAGUCCAGAAGAACCAAGGUCCGUGGAGGCCAACGAGUGCUGCUCACAGUGGGAGGCCGGCCUGCCCUAACCGAAAAAUCUCUCAGCAAGGACAUUCUCUACAGAGAUGAUGAUAGUGUCUGGAACAAGCUGACGGAGAUGCCCGCGAAGAGCUUCAAUCAGUGUGUUGCUGUUUUGGAUGGCUUCCUCUAUGUGGCUGGUGGUGAAGACCAGAAUGAUGCUAGGAACCAAGCAAAACAUGCUGUCAGCAAUUUCAUCAGAUAUGACCCUCGAUUCAACACGUGGAUCCACCUGGCAAACAUGAUUCAAAAGCGCACUCAUUUCAGCCUCAACACCUUCAACGGCCUCCUGUUCGCUGUAGGGGGGCGCAAUUCUGACGGCUGCCAGGCAUCUGUCGAGUGCUACGUUCCAUCUUCUAACCAAUGGCAAAUCAAAGCGCCAAUGGAAGUCCCUAGAUGUUGCCACGCUAGCACGGUUAUUGAUGGCAAGAUCUUGGUUAGCGGUGGUUACAUUAACAAUGCCUACUCUCGCUCUGUCUGUUCUUACGACCCAUCCACCGAUAGCUGGCAGGAUAAGAACAGCCUGAGCACCCCGAGAGGAUGGCACUCUUCAGCGAGCAUUGGAGAUCGUGCCUACGUUCUCGGGGGCAGCCAACUGGGAGGACGUGGCGAGAGGGUCGACGUCUUGCCAGUCGAAUGUUACAACCCUCACUCCGGCCAGUGGAGCUACGUCACCCCCUUGCUCACAGGAGUGAGCACAGCUGGUGCUGCCACCUUGAAUAACAAGAUUUACCUCCUGGGUGGCUGGAAUGAGAUUGAGAAGAAGUAUAAAAAAUGCAUUCAGGUGUUUAACCCCGAUCUUAACGAAUGGACUGAGGAUGACGAAUUGCCAGAGGCAACGGUUGGUAUCUCAUGUUGUGUUGUCACCAUCCCGACACGCAAAACACGAGAGUCGAGGGCCAGCUCUGUAUCGUCAGCGCCAGUUAGUAUAUAAGCAGCGAGGGAGUAGUGGGGACAUGUAUUUGAGUUGCUAAAUGUAAUAAAAUUUUACAAAUUUUUAUCUUACUGUUUGUUCAAAGAAAUUUUACUCACAGAUGCCAAGAUUAAUUGUCAGUUUGUGGCAAUCUCGGAAAUGUUGGAUGUCAAGUCAACAUAGAAAAUGAAAAGUUCAAUUAUGCAUACAAAGUAACAAUUAUUUAUUUGAAAACAACUAAAGAUGGAUGCAUUUCGAAGAUGGUUCGUAGGUUGUGGGAACAGGAAAAUUCAGAGAGAUUUGUCUUGGAGGUAGAUUUAUUGUUUAUAAGGUUUAUGGAAAAGGAAACGCAUACAAACAACACAUUUGUAAAAUCAAUAGUUAUCAUUUUGAUUGGGAAAUUAUUUUCCAAGUGGGGCCAAUUCUCCGGUUAUGAUUUGAUUAGUCCCUUAAAGUGCAAAAUGAGUUAAUUGCAACAUUGCAAGCUGUCCAGAUAUAUUAGACAUAUUGAUCCUUUGAUCAACAAACAAUGAAAUAACCUUUAAAAAAUGACUGCUAAUACUUAUUACUGCAUUAUUUUCCAACGAUGCCAUUCUAUUUGCACUGGAUGUAGUAUAUAUUUAUUUAGGAAAGUACACAAUGGAGCAAAGAUUGUAUAGAUUGCUUGAGAAAGCCAGAUUUUAACAUUUCACCUACAACCCAUGAGGAGUAGGUGUUCAUACAACCAGGCAGUUUAUUUGAUCAUGUAAUACACCGACAAAGACAGAGACAGCUGGCUCUUGGAAAAUCAAGCAAGUUAAUCAUAAGCAGGGUUCCUGGCAGGAGGGAAUCAUUAGGCCACAGAGAGAAGGACACAUAUCCUCAGCCCUGUAGCAUUUUAGUUGUGACCCUGUUUGAAAAACAAAAAAAACAAAAACAGACACUAUGAUGGUUUGGGUAAUGAUGUGAAGAACACUGAAUAGGACAUAAAAGGAUAUACAGUGGUGGCAUAUUUUGUAAACUGAGAGUAUAAAUAAUUUUGAAAAAUUUUGGGCCUGAACUGUCAAGAGGACAAGUAUAAAAUCCGCUUUGUUUCCUGAUGGUUCAUGAUUUUUAAUAUUCUGGUUAGAAAACAUUGUAUGAUAGGGGGAAAAAAUGUGACAACUGGACACAUUUAUUACUUUAAUAAGGUAUUGCUUAUUUAAGGUAAAUCAAUGGAUAGUAUUCACAAUAUACAUACUGUAAUACAUGUUGUCAAAUAAUAAAGCUCUGCAUAUUUAUUAAAGCUUCUUAAGAAAUGUU